CCGCCGCUCCGCCGAGCUUCCCGGAUCCGAGCCCAGACGGCGGCGGCACGGGCAGCCUGCGCGCCGCGACCCUCGGCGGCCACAGGGGGCCGGGGAGGAGGAGGAAGAGGCGGAGGCAGCGGCGGCGGCGGCGAGGAGGAGGAGGAGGGUUCGACCGCCUGCUCCGACGCAGACAUGGUGGACUGAGCCCCGGCGGGGCCGAGAGCAGGGCUUCCUGAGGCGCCUCCCGCGCGCGGUCCCGCCGCGCCCCGCGGCCCCUCUCCGGCGCCGCGUCAGGGGCAGCGGCCGGGCCGGGCAGCCGCGUUCCCGCCGCGUCCCGCGUCCCGCGCCCGGUCCCUAUGGAGGCGCCGCUCGCCGGCGAGGCCGCCGACCAUGCCUAGGAGGGCCGGGAGCGGUCAGCUGCCGCUACCCCGGGGCUGGGAGGAGGCCAGGGACUACGACGGCAAGGUCUUCUACAUCGACCACAACACCAGGAGGACCAGCUGGAUCGACCCCCGGGACAGGUUAACGAAGCCCUUGUCAUUUGCUGAUUGUGUUGGGGAUGAGCUGCCGUGGGGAUGGGAAGCAGGGUUUGACCCUCAGAUUGGUGUCUACUACAUCGAUCACAUCAACAAAACCACACAGAUAGAAGAUCCAAGAAAACAAUGGAGGGGGGAGCAGGAGAAAAUGCUCAAGGACUAUCUCUCAGUGGCCCAGGACGCACUCAGGACACAGAAGGAGCUGUACCACGUGAAGGAGCAAAGACUGGCAUUGGCCCUGGAUGAAUACGUGCGAUUAAAUGAUGCCUAUAAGGAAAAGUCGAGUUCUCGCACAAGCUUAUUCUCAGGAUCUUCAUCCAGUACUAAAUAUGAUCCCGAUAUUUUAAAAGCUGAGAUCUCCACUACACGAUUAAGGGUUAAAAAGCUGAAGAGAGAACUCUCACAGAUGAAGCAAGAACUGCUCUAUAAAGAACAAGGCUUCGAGACGUUGCAACAAAUUGAUAAAAAAAUGUCUGGAGGCCAGAGUGGAUAUGAACUUAGUGAAGCCAAAGCCAUUCUAACUGAACUGAAAUCCAUCAGAAAGGCUAUUAGCUCAGGAGAAAAAGAGAAACAAGAUCUGAUGCAGAGUCUUGCUAAGCUGCAGGAGCGGUUUCAUUUGGAUCAGAACAUUGGCAGAUCCGAGCCAGAUUUGAGAUCUAGUCCUGUGAACUCUCAUUUAUCCCUCUCCAGACAGACCCUUGAUGCUGGGUCUCAAACAAGCAUUUCCGGAGAUAUCGGAGUGAGAAGUAGAUCAAAUUUAGCUGAAAAGGUCAGGCUAAGCCUGCAGUAUGAAGAAGCCAAAAGAAGUAUGGCCAACUUAAAAAUCGAGCUGUCAAAAUUAGACAGUGAAGCCUGGCCUGGGGCGCUGGACAUUGAGAAGGAGAAGCUGAUGCUGAUUAACGAAAAAGAAGAGCUUUUGAAAGAGCUUCAGUUCGUCACUCCGCAGAAACGCACCCAGGAUGAACUGGAGUGCCUGGAAGCGGAAAGGCAGCGGCUGGAGGAGGAGCUGCUGUCGGUGAGGGGCGCUCCCAGCAGAGCUCUGGCGGAGAGAUUGAGAUUGGAAGAGAGAAGAAAAGAGUUGCUACAGAAACUUGAAGAAACUACUAAAUUAACGACUUAUUUGCAUUCACAACUUAAAAGCCUCUCUGCCAGCACCCUGUCCAUGUCGUCUGGGAGCAGCCUGGGUUCCCUGGCAUCCAGCCGGGGCUCUCUGAACACCUCCAGCAGAGGGUCGCUCAACUCCCUGAGUUCCAGCGAGCUCUACUACAGCGGCCAGGGUGACCAGAUAGACGUGGAUUAUCAGUAUAGACUGGACUUCCUUCUGCAAGAGAAAGGUGGCUACAUUCCUUCCGGACCCAUCACCACCAUCCAUGAAAACGAGGUGGUCAAGUCCCCCGACCAGCCUGGCCAGAGCGGACUCUGUGGGGUGGCAGCUGCCGCAACAGGCCACACUCCCCUGCUGACUGAGGCCCCCAAGUCUGUGACCUCCCUGUCCUCGAGGUCCUCCCUCUCCUCCUUGUCCCCUCCGGGCUCUCCGUUGGUUCUGGAAGGCACGUUUCCCAUGUCUUCUCAUGACGCCUCUCUCCAUCAGUUCACUGCUGACUUUGAAGACUGUGAAUUGAGUAGCCAUUUUGCAGACAUUGGCCUUGGCGAAAAUCAGAUCCUGCUGGAUUCUGAUGCGGGAGGAGCGUCCCAGUCUCUCUUAGAGGACAAAGACCUCGGCGAGUGUGCUCGGGAGCCGCUCUAUGAAGGAACCGCAGAUGCUGAAAAAUCAUUACCAAAAAGAAGAGUCAUCCACCUGCUCGGGGAGAAAACCACUUGCGUGUCGGCCGCCGUGUCUGACGAGUCUGUGGCUGGAGACAGCGGGGUCUACGAAGCUUUCGUGAAACAGCCUAGUGAAAUCGAAGACGUUACAUACAGUGAAGAAGAUGUGGCCAUUGUGGAGACGGCCCAGGUUCAGAUAGGACUCAGCUUCUCUUUUGACAGAUAUGAUGCAAAAAGCUCAAGUUUCAUGGUGAUUAUAGCACAACUUCGAAAUCUCCAUGCCUUCUUGAUACCUCAUACGUCAAAAGUAUAUUUUAGGGUUGCUGUACUUCCCUCCUCAACUGAUGUAAGCUGUCUAUUUCGAACAAAAGUCCAUCCACCCACAGAAUCCAUUUUAUUCAAUGACGUGUUCAGAGUGGCCAUUUCGCAAACAGCCUUACAACAGAAGACACUGAGAGUCGAUCUUUGCUGUGUCAGUAAACACCGGAGGGAGGAAUGCCUGGCUGGAACUCAGAUCAGCCUGGCAGAUUUACCAUUUUCCAAUGAGAUUUUCACUCUAUGGUAUAACUUACUUCCUUCCAAGCAAAUGCCUUGCAAAAAGAACGAAGAAGAAAAUGAGGACUCUGUAUUUCAACCAGACCAGCCACUAGUAGACUCCAUAGACUUGGAUGCAGUGUCAGCCCUGCUUGCAAGAACAUCGGCUGAGUUGUUGGCUGUGGAACAAGAAUUAGCACAAGAAGAAGAGGAGGAGGAACCAGGGCAAGAAGAAGAGCAAAGGGGUCCAGAUGGAGAUUGGUUAACAAUGCUAAGAGAGGCCUCUGAUGAAAUCGUGGCUGAAAAAGAGGCUGAAGGCAAAUUGCCAGAGGGCAGUAGCUGUACAGAAGACUUAAGUUCGUGCGCCAGUGUGCCUGAGAUGAACGAAGACAGGAGCAGGAAAGAAAACGACUGUGCCAAAGACCUCAGGAGUCAGCCGCCCGCUGGAACACCAACCUUGGUUGACAAAGAGACAAAUACUGACGAAGCAGUUAACGACAGCAUGGCGGUUCGCCCCAAAGACCGCAGCAGCCUAAGCUCCCGACAGCACCCCUUUGUGAGGAGCAGCGUGAUCGUGCGCUCACAGACCUUCUCCCCGGGAGAGCGGAACCAGUACAUCUGCAGGUUAAAUCGGAGUGACAGUGACAGUUCGACCCUGGCUAAAAAGUCACUGUUUGUGAGAAACUCCACUGAGCGGCGCAGUUUGAGAGUCAAAAGGACUGUUUGCCAGCCAGUCCUUAGAAGAGCAGCACAAGAAUGCCCAGUGCGUACAUCUCUAGACUUAGAACUGGAUCUCCAGGCAUCUCUGACCAGGCAGAGUCGCCUCAAUGAUGAGCUGCAGGCCCUGAGGGGCUUGCGGCAGAAGCUGGAGGAACUGAAAGCUCAGGGAGAGACUGACCUUCCGCCAGGUGUGCUGGAGGACGAGAGGUUCCAGAAGCUCCUGAAGCAAGCUGAGAAGCAGGCCGAACAGUCGAAAGAAGAGCAGAAGCAAGGUCUGAGCGCGGAGAAGCUGAUGCGGCAAGCCUCCAAGGACGUGUGUCGGCUUCGGGAGCAGAGCCGCAAGGUGCCUCGGCAGGUGCAGUCCUUCAGGGAGAAGAUUGCCUACUUCACCAGAGCGAAGAUCAGCAUCCCAUCCCUGCCGGCUGACGACGUGUGAUUACCUGGCUUAAGAAAUUGUGUUUUCACUUGUUCACUUUCUUAGGGCAAAAGACUGAACAUUGGUGUUUUUUUUUGUUUUGUUUGGGUUUGGGGGUUUUUUUUGUAACAUAACUGUCAACUCUUGAACUUUUAUUUCACGUCAGAUUUUCAACAUGUUGAUUUGUAAAGUACCUUGAAUGUAAUUCUUAUAUGCUUACAACAGAAAACAAAAAUCAGAUAACAAAAAUGGGAUAAUCUGGUACA